CACCCAAACACGCUCUUUGGACUCUUUUAAAUCUAUAAAAUCAGUCAGUUCCCUAUCAGCAAAAUUUGAAUCAUCCAAAAAUUACUCGUUCCGAAAAACGGUGCCCCCAAGAAAGAAGAUCUACAUAUCAUGUCCAAUCUGUACAAAGACUUGAAGUCGGAAUGGAGCAAACGAGCCCCAAAUCUGCUGCGCUGUGGCGAACUUUUGGGCCUAUUCAAGCUGGAGAUUCUCAAAGGCGGAUUCCUGAUGCCCCGAGAGGCCUUCAACUCAAACCCCCAGCAGAAGGACCAGCUGGUGAAGUCACGCGAUGUGCUGGAGAUUGCAGUGGAGCACAGCAUCACCACCAAGGACUACGCCGCCUUUGAGCGGUACAUGGCUCAGCUGAGCAUGUACUACUACGACUACGACAAGUUCCUGGAGCCCUCGAAGGAGAUGCACAAGAUGAUUGGUCUGAGCCUGCUCUAUAUGCUGGCCACCAAUCGCAUUGCCGACUUCCACAUUGCACUGGAGCGACUGCCGUCGGCCCUGCUGCUGCAGGACAGCUUCAUCAUGCCCGUGCUGGCCCUCGAGAACUACUUUAUGGAGGGACGCUACAACAAAAUACUGCAGGCCAAGAAGUCCAUGCCCUCGGAGAUCUAUGGCAACUUCAUGGACAUGCUGGUGCAGACGGCCCGCGAGGAGAUCGCCUCCUGCAUCGAGAAGGCCUACCUGAAGAUGUCCCCCAAGCAGGCGGCACAGCGUCUGGGCCUCCGUGCUGGCGGAAAGGAGCUACUGGAGUUGGUCAAGCGCCGCCACUGGACCCUGGACACUGAGGGGAACUACGACUAUGCCUCACUGAACACCAAGCCCAAGGAUGAGAUUCCGUCCAACGAUAUAGCUACACAGAAUCUAUCCUAUGCCACUGAGCUGGAGAAAAUUGUUUGA